ACUGGCGAACCUACAUUGUAUCAAAGUAGACACUACCGUGCUGUUAUUUGACAAUUUAACGGAGGGUUUAAUGAACGCGUUUAUAUUUGAUUGGAUUUAUUUGAACAAUUUGCGGAUUAUAUGUAAUAAAGCUAUUCCGGUUGAUAGGAUUUAAACAUUUAGGGAUUAAAUUGAUGAGUUACAGAUACGGUUGUAGGUUGUAUGGACAGUGAAGCAGUCUUUGUAAGCGAAUAAGACGUAUAAAGACGAAUCCGUAACACCACAUAGAAGUUAACAAAGAUCAUUUGUGUGAAUACGCCAGCGUCCUUAGCAGCGUGUGCUUGUUUAGCAAGUGUCUGUAGAAGGAAAUGAAAAAGAAUUAAUUGCUUAUCUAAUUGGAUUAAAAUGAAUGAAGUGAAAACAAUUACGGAUACAUAUUUUGAUAGUAAAUAAGGAGUUAUUUUAAAGUUAAAAUCGGUUAUAUAAAAAUCCAUUUAGCACAUACGGAAAAGGGACAGUGGAUUUGCCAUCGACUGAUACAACUUACACCAGAUUAGAUUGGAGAAAAGCAACAGAAAAUAAGACUGUAAAUAAUUGAUGGGAAAAGGAAGCGGUGUACAAAAAACGACCCAAAGUGUGGUAACAUAUGAAUGUGGCACAGAUAAUUGUACAUGCACAACAGACACUACAUGUGCAAUAUAUAUGUCGUCAAAUGAAUCACUAACACAGAUCACAGGCCGUGCUGUUCCUGAAAAAGAGAAAAUGCGAGAAUAUCGGCGUCCCACUCUCUGUGUUAUUGAUGAAAACGGUUUAGAAAUCGGAAAAGAUGAUGCAAUUACAGAGUUGUCCGGAAGUGACGUAGAUAAUCACGGAAAUAGAAUUAAACUGUCUCUAAAUGAAAUUUCUUCCCGGGAUUGUAAUGCAAAUUUAACGACUGUUGAAAGUAAUGGUUUUUUGUAUCCAUCAGUUGAAAAAGAUUUGGACUUAAAUGAACUUAAAGCAACGACAGCUAGAUUAAAACUUUCUACUCGAAGACAAAGCACGGUUGCUUGGCAGCAAAAACAUUUCAAUGAAUCAAAUGACCCUGUAAAACCAAAUUUUGAUAUAGAUACAUUAAAUGGGAAUAAAGAUGAUUCAUUUACCGAUGAAAGGAAAAAGAGAAUAAAUGAAGCUUUAGCUUGGAUACGAAAUGAACUGCAACAGAUGAGGAAUGAAGACGAGGCUUUGGCGCGUAAAUUACUUUCAAUACGUCAUGAUAUACACAAACUAAAGUUACAAAGAAGUUGCGAGGAACAUCAAGACAUGCUUGAUGACGUCACGAUGGAUAUGGAAGAAAAUAACGAACUGCACGGGAUUUCUGACUUCCCUAUUACUGACUCGAUGCAUGAUACUCCGUUAAAACAUUUAGGUGUUACAAAAAUGCAUCUAAGCGCGAGGCGAUUUUCUACGUGUUGAAUGCUUUUGUAAAGAAAAGAAGGGAUAAAUACGUCUAUGAAACCAUCUGGUCUAUUGAAUUGUAAAUUCUGGGUCCAACUACUGUGCAUGUUAGCACUAUGUCGUUGAACAAUAACCCAACACAACCAUACCGUAUGAACUACACCGGCCAGUUAGAAAUAUAACGAACGAACGUUUUUCAUAUGCGUUAUAAGUUAUUUCACGGCGACUGGGAGUGAAAUUUCAAAGUAACUUUCGGAGACUGUGCAAUCUUCAUAAAUCACACGUUUUCCUCAUUUUGUUUCCCAUCAUUAUCUUGUCAUAAUGGUUGAUGUGAUACUAUUAUAUUGUCAGUAUAGGAUGAUAUAAAUCAAAUCGGUGUACUGUGAUACUAUUAUAUUGUCAGAAAUGAAAACGGUGUUGUGUGAGAAAAAAAUCAACUGUGAGUAUUGCAAAUGAAGAGACUAAUCCAUACAAAUAUGUAUCACAUGAUUAUGAGUUGGUUAUCUUCUUCUGUCUUGCCGCCAACAAUGAUAAUAUUAUGUCUAAAAAUAAAGCAGCAUGCACUCUU